AUGGACGUUGAUUCCGCUGAGACCAAAGAGCCUGUUCAGCCGAAGAAAUCCGGCACCUUCUUUGUGAGCAGUGGCUUCGACAAGAAUGUCAAUGUCUUCAGUGCAGACGACUGGUCGUUGGUGAAGACGCUGAGUGGUCACUCCGGUAAUGUUCUGAGUGCGGAUGUCAGUGACGAUGCAAAAUGGAUUGCUAGCUGUGGUCAUGAUCGUACAGUGAAGCUCUGGGGGAUUGAAUGA